CUACGUAUGUGCAUAGAUACAUAACACACAUACACAUGUAUACAUAUAGUCCGUGGUACAUAAUACGUACGUACGUACAUUAUACAAUUUUGUAUGUGCCCCUAUGCAGUAUGCAGCCGCAUGCAUAGAGAAGAAUUCGGAAUUGAGGUGUUCCAAUUCUUCAAAAUGCAUUGUUGCGUAUUUUUUUUCGUAUUCUAACCUUAUCUAUGAUCAUUACGUCUUACGAGACACUUAGACGCUGAAAAGGAGCAAUAAAACGAAAUCGACCGACCGAAUCAUUGUAACUUGUUAACAACCAUACACCUGUCACAGCUAUAAUUACAUAAAAUCCAAGGACAAUGGGCAAUGUAUUGGCAUCUUCCGCAUCUGUGGCCAACAAACUUCUACCAGGGCCGGAACCGUUGAUCCCAAACAGUCCUCGUCAUCGUGGGACAAGCAAAUUGGAAGGAGAGCCACCACCAGAGUGUCCAAUGCAUAAAUCAACGCCGAGUGCACCUCCUAAGGGCACUAGCGAAUGUCCAGUAGAUCAUUCGGGAGAAGCAAUUAAUCCUCUCAACAUGAUGCCGGCUGCAAAUCAACAACCAGCACCGGAUCAGCCUUUCCCAUUGCCUACGGAUAGACAAGUCUCCUCGAUACCGAAAGCAACGCCUGAGAACGAGUUCUGGGUGUACCCGUCUCAACAGAUGUUUUGGAAUGCCAUGCUUAGGAAAGGUUGGCGGUGGAAGAAAGAAGACAUCUCGCCAAACGACAUGAACAACAUAAUAAAGAUUCAUAAUGCCAACAACGAACAAGCCUGGCAAGAAGUACUCAAAUGGGAGGCAUUGCAUGCGAAAGAAUGCGGUACCCCGAGGCUUCGCAGCUUUGGAGGCAAGGCCUCGCAGUACUCGCCGCGUGCUCGUAUCCGACAUUGGAUGGGGUACGAGUUGCCAUUCGACCGUCACGAUUGGAUUAUCGAUAGAUGCGGUAAGGACGUCAGGUAUAUUAUUGAUUACUAUGAGGGUCCUACGGUGAACGAAAAGUAUAUUUUCGCGCUGCUCGACGUCAGACCUGCUAUGGACUCGUUGGAAAAUAUCUGGGACCGUAUGAGAGUAACGUGGAUGCGUUGGAGAUACUGCAACGACACAAAGGAAUCAGUAUCUGUUCAAUAAGUCCAAUAAACAAAACGCUUAGACGCUAAUCGGUAGACUGAAGAAACAUUAGUUUCCCAAUGACGCUAGUUUUGGGAAGAAGAUGAUCCGAACAAUGUAUAAUUUUCAGAGGGCACACAGGUAGCUGCGGCUGCAUUGUAAUUAUAUGCGAAAACGAAGAUACAUACGAGAAGAGAAGAAUUUCAGAGAAAUGUUGAAUUAUACUGCCAGCAAUGAUGAAUAUUUGAAAAUUAAUUGAAUCUUUCGUUUCUUCAAAGUUCUGUGUUGAACAACAAUUUACAUUUUUAAAGCAACAUGUAUGUUAAUGAAAACAUUUGAAAAUAAAAUUAUUAAAACAGUU